UGUCUUUACACGUUUGUGGUGCCUGCCUAUAACUGCAGUGCUUAUCUUAGGUUUAAACAUUAAUUCUAGCUCCCUGGAAAGUCUGUCCCAGCACUGUCCAGUUCCAGAUUCUGCUGCCAAUGAUGUCAGGCAUCGGGGAAAUUUUGAAAGCGGUUGGUGAUUUUGGGCCUUUUCAGAAACGGCUGGUGCUGCUCACCUUGUUUCCCUGCCUCGGGGUGGCUUUCCACCAGUUUUGCCAACUUUUUAUGGUCCCACACCUGCCUCAUCACUGCGACACCAGCUGGAUCCGUGCCGUCGGCCCCAACCUGACCGAGGAAGAGCAGCUGAACCUCACCCUGCCCCGGGACGCGGACGGGGCGUACGAGCAGUGCUCCAUGUACUCGCCGGUGGACUGGGACCUCGACUCCAUCGUGGCGUACGGCCUGAACGCCACGGAGGAAUGCAGCAGUGGCUGGGUGUACCCCGCAGCACAACCGCCGUCCCUGCUGACUGAGUUUGACCUGGUAUGUGACAGGAAAGAGCUGAAUGACAUCUCCCAGUCCAUCUACAUGUCGGGGCUGUUCCUAGGAUCCCUGAUCUUUGGGCCACUAAGUGACAGGAUCGGCCGCCGGCCAGUCAUUCUGAUCUCCAUCUUCCUCCAGGGCUUGUUUGGCGUAGGAAUUGCCUUUGUGCCCCAUUUCUAUGUGUACAUGGCCUUCAGGUGUGUCGUGGGGGCUUCAGUGUCAGGGAUCACCAUGACGAUACUGUCCUUAGCCACAGAAUGGGUUGGUGCCUCCUACCGGCCAAAGGCAGUGCUUAUUUCUCACUGCUGUUUCGCCAUCGGACAGAUGCUUUUGGCUGGCUUGAGUUACGGUAUUCGCAACUGGAGGCUGCUGGAGAUUGCAGGAUCUGCUCCAAUGUUUGCCCUUUUCUUCUACAUCUGGGUGAUACCAGAAUCAGCUCGGUGGCUGGUGACAAAAGGCAGAAUAGAAGAAGCUAAGAAAGUCCUUCAGAAGGCAGCGUCCAUCAACAAGCGCACCAUCCCACCAGGACUCCUGGAGCAGUUGAAGCCUGAGACAAAGACCAAGCCUGGAAGUGUUCUGGAUCUCUUUCGGAAGAAACAGCUCCGCAAGGUGACUUUAAUCAUGUCGUGCACCUGGUUUGUGAACAGCCUGGUCUACUAUGGGUUGAGUCUGAACGUGACAAAUUUCGGUCUGGACAUCUACCUGACACAGCUUGCGUUUGGAGCAGUGGAAAUCCCAGCCCGUGUUGGUUGUAUCUUCUUAUUGCAGUGGUUCGGGAGGAAGAAAACCCAGGCUGUUCUCUUGCUGCUGAGUGGCCUGGUGUGUCUGAUCAUCACUGGCAUCCCUGAAGACCAGCCCAUGGUGACCACCGUCCUGGCCACCAUUGGCAAAUUUACUGCCUCUGCCUCCUUCUCCACCUCCUACGUCUACUCUGCAGAGCUCUUCCCCACCGUCAUCAGGCAGACCGGCGUGGGGCUGUGCUCAAUGUUGGCCCGGGUAGCGGGGAUCAUGGCCCCGCUUAUCGGCCUCCUGACCCAGUACCACCGGGCCAUCCCCAUGGCCAUCUUCGGGAGUGUCCCCAUGGUGGGAGGGCUGUUCUGCUUCCUGCUGCCCGAGACCUGUGGCGUUGACCUGGCGGACGACACAGGGGAUGGCUGCCCUCCAGUUGAGGUCUGUGAAAAUGCCAACAGCGUCUCUGAAAAUGGACAUAUGAAAGGAAAAGACGGUGGCCAAGACAAGGACUACAUGAAGACCACUUACUUCUAGCUGGGCCUGCAAACGGCUGUAAUUAAAGGCCACCUAGUGCUGUGCUGGCACUGAGGACAUGCAGGGUCUCCAUUUGCAGGACACCAUCACUUCUCAAGCUGUCACUGCCAGUUCUUGUCUUUCCUUUUCUUUUUUGCCUUCCUGUACCUCCCUCUAUAGCUUGUCCUCGGGCACUGCAUGCUGUCUCUGGUGCUCAACAGUGCCCUCGGUGGAGAAAACCCGAUGCUUUUCAUUUAAGGAAACAAAGAAAGAAAUCGGAAACCAGGGUAGAUGCAAACAUUUUCUCUUCGUCUUUUCUGUCCCAUCUUCCGGAAUGUGAGAUUGUGAACUUUGUCUGAGUGAGACACCUGCUAAAGCACUGAAUAGACUUGCAAAGGAGUACUGAGCUCACUGAAGAGAAAGCCAGAGCAGAUGCAGCACUGAAAACAGUCUCAAUCUCACACUUGCAAGAAGGAGUGAUUUCCCUUGACUGUCUGGCAUGGUCUUCUCAUCCUCUCUGGAAAACACUCCUUUAAAUUGUUUUUUAAAAUUUGAGACACUCAGCUGAGUGAGAAAAAAAAGGUGCAACGAAAGAAACAGCAAGCAGUGAGCAAAGAUGUCUAACACAGCAAAAUCUUCGCCUUCGUGCUGGUGGCUUUGAAUGAAAGCAUGUCGUGGUGCUUUGUGCACCGAAAAUUGUGCUGUCCGGCUGUGGUGUAGGACCACAUCAAUUUGUCUGUUCCAGGAAACUGAGAGACGUUGUGGCAGUUGGCCUCUUAGAAGAAAAUGCAAAUCUUUCUGGGAACUGUUCUAAUCUGUUCUAUUCUAUUGCUAUGUCCAUCUCUGUCUUUAAAUGGUUUAUGACCACUUUUGUCUUACACUAUGAGAAAAACUCACGUUCUUUUCCUGUGCUUGACCUCCCCUUAUCUCCUUUCCCUCAAGACAACUUUCUUCUUCCAGUGGUGGUGUGACAGCUUUGACUGUGAACAGUUCAAAAGCUAUUUUCUGGUAGUGUCAAGAAUUUUUUAAAGGAGACUUUUAUUUCUUCUCCCUGUUGUCCUGCCUGCACGUUUUCCAAUGUAUCUCAUGGAUAUGCAGUUUGAUGAAGACAGAGCUUUGGAUAAAAUCAGUGAUGUGCGACAGUGCCCCACCAGGAGGGGCUGCCUGUGGUGCCAUCUUCUCUCUGGCACUGCCUUUCAAGGGAUUUGCUGUGGUGCUCCUGUUCAGUGGCCCUGAGCAUAGAGGAGCUCUGUCCUUUGCCCGAAGGCCUUCUUUCCUUGGCACAGGCUAAAGGCUGUGUCCUUCAGGCUUUAUGGAAAAUAAGGUCUUGAAGGGUAAAGGCUGAGGGAAGAGCUUGGAACAAACUGCACAGUUACCGAGAGAACCGUGGCUCCUUUUAGGAAAUCUGCUCUGAGACUCUUUGUUUCAGCUCACUUCAAAAAUAAAGGAGUCCAGACACA